AUGGUCAUUUCUUCCCAUUGGGUUCACCUGCAUUUACAAUACCCUGGUGUCGUAGCUGAGAUGGAGACAACACAGAGCAACACUGCAUUUUCAGAAGGUUUCAAACCUGUUUUUAUUGCAGCAUGCACGCUUUUUAUGCAUUCUUACAGAACUCUUCAGUUUACACUUUACUCAUUGGCCAGGAAAGACAAACAAAGUGCUUGUUGGAAUAGGCAGCUGCAGGUUUCUCUUAUUUAUCUCUUAUUUAUCCUCCUUUCUUUCUCGGUUUCUACGUCAGUAACCUUGACCGAGUUCAAGCGGGUGGCUGAGGAAAACGUGACCCUGCCCUGCCACCACCGCCUGGGGCUGCUGGAGCAGGGCAGCCUGGACAUCGAGUGGCUGCUGCACAUCUCCGAGACCGUGCAGAAAGCGGUGAUCACCUACUCUGGAGGCCGUGUUUAUGAUGACCUGAACGAGGAGCAGAAGGGCCGUGUCUCCUUCACCUCCAACUUCCUCGCCGGAGAUGCAUCCCUGCAAAUCAUCUCGCUGCAGUCCAGCGACGCAGGGAAGUACAUCUGCAAGGUCAAGAACGCCGGGCAGUACGAGUGGGCUCGCAUCACCCUCAAGGUUGUGGAGAAGCCCUCCAAGCCCAAGUGCUGGCUGGAGGGGGAGAUGCUGGAAGGGAAGGAGCUGUCCCUGCAGUGCCGCUCCGCCUCGGGCACGGCGCCCAUCUCCUACCGCUGGCAGCGCAUCAGCGAGGAGGACGAGAGAGCCGAGCACCUCCCGCCCAGCUCCAGAGUCAACAUCUCGAACCCGGGGCAGGUGCUGCUGAAGAACCUCACCCGGCUGAGCGCGGGGCUGUACCGCUGCCUGGCCACCAACGAGGCGGGCCAGGAGAGCUGCGAGCUGCGGGUGAUGGUGCAGCAUGCACAAAACAUCAGCAUGAUCGCCGGGGCGGUGUGUGGAGUGGUGGUGGGGCUCUCCCUCCUUCUCCUGGUGGUGAGGUUGACCAUCAGGAGGAAAGAAAAGAAGAGAUACGAGGAAGAGGAGGCACCGAACGAAAUCAGGGAAGAUGCCGAGGCACCCAAGGCGCACCUGGUCAAGCCCAGCUCCUCCUCCUCCGGCUCCCGCAGCUCCCGCUCGGGCUCUUCCUCCACCCGAUCCACAGCCAACAGUGCCUCCCGCAGCCAGCGGACUUUGUCCACGGAGGCCACGCCGCACCUGACCCCUCCGCGGCCGGCGGAGAGGAAGGAGCCGGAGCUGCGGAGGGGGGACUGCGGCCAGGUGAAGGUGGCAGCGAUGGUGGCAGCGCAGAGCCGAGCCUUCCAAACCGUGUGAGCCGGCCCGGAGCAUCCCCUGGCCCAGAGCAUUCCCGGCCCGGAGCUCCGCAACAUCCCCUGGAGCAUCCCCGGCUCAGAGCAUCCCCCGGAGCAUCCCC